AUGAAACUGCAAAUACUGUCCAGCCUCUGCCUGGGUGGGUCGGACAUCUUUGCAACGGUGAGCGAGAACAGCCCCGUAGGAGAGUUCAUAGCGAACCUCAGCAUCAUCGGGGACCCUACAGGAGUCAAUAGCAUCCGCUUGUGCCUCACCGGAGAGAACGCCAAUUGGUUCUACCUUGAAGGGAGAACCAUCAGGCUAAACUCAUCCGUUUUAAGAGUCCUGGAUCGAGAGCGCCAGGGAUCUGUAUUGAUGGCAGCAUUAACAUGUUAUGAAGAUGACAUAAUACAGAGUGAAUACAGGGUCAUAGUUGAGAUCCUGAAUGAAAAUGACAACAAACCAAAGUUCUUUGAGAAGACUAUACAACCACGUUACAUAAGUGAGCUCACUGCAGUCAACUCUGUAGUCUUCACCGUCAAGGCCAUCGAUGCUGAUGGAGACACCAUCACCUACAUCAUUGACAGAGCCUUGCCUGAUGCCAGCUAUUUCAGGAUAGACCUACCCAACAGUGGUAAAGUGAUCCUGGACAAGCCAUUGGACUAUGAGACCAAAACCCAGCUGCAGCUAGUCAUCUACGCUGUGGAAACCAACACCAAGGAGUGGUACAACACUUCUGCCUCUCUGACUGUGCACGUGAAGGACGGGGACGACCAGUACCCUCAGUUCCUACCGUGCACACCCAUCUCCCAGGACAACAAACACACGGUUGUCUGCACCAAUCCCGUCUACACAGUCAACAUCACAGAAAAGGACCAGGACAUGUUACUGAAUUUCUCUCCUGGUCCAAUUCAUGCUGAAGAUGGAGACAGAAGCCUUGAUACGCCUUUGCUCUACUCCAUUCUCUCAGGUGCUGACAAAAACAGGUUUCAGAUUGACAACCGAACAGCAGAGAUCACAUUGACUAGACGGGUGGAAAACAGACACCUGACACCUACAUUCCGACUACGCAUCAUGGCAUCUCAGCUGAAUGACCCAAAGAAGUACAGUGUGGCGACAGUGCUGGUCCGGGUGCUAGCAGAGAACCGGUUCCCUCCCCUCUUCAACAGAACCACGUACAAGGGCUUCAUCGUCGAGAACUCCAGUCCUGCCACGCUAGUUUCCACCUAUGGGAACGAGGUGCUUCUCAUCCAAGCCAUAGACCAGGACUUCGUAGAUGGGGUGAAUCCAAAAAUGCAUUACUCUCUCCCGCCCACAUCAGCCACAACUGCACUGUACCACAUCACCCAGGAAGGGGUCAUCAUCGCUAAGACCGACCGCCUACGACCCUUCGAGAGGCACUUCCUAGAGGUGGUCGCUAUGGAUGAGGAAUCAGGUGAGGUUGCUAAAGCCUCAGUCGACAUUGAGCUGCUACAAAGAGGCCAGCCAGUUCCACGGACACCUUUCGGAGAAGAGCGGUUGUUCAGAGACAUGGAUGUGAGGAUGGCUGGCGGUAUCAUGGGUGGGAUGCUGCUGCUGUUAGUGGCCAUCCUGUUCCUGCUGAUCCGAUGGGCCAAGAGGAGACGGAGACGGGACCCGGCCAGACGAGGGGCUGUCAUCCUGGGGAAGCACCCCAAUGUGGAUUUGCAUGAGCCCUGUCAUCCUCUCCAGGCUCCUUAGAGAGGGAGAACACACAUCACUCUGGACAUCAAUAACACAUCCACAGACUGGACUGCUUUUAAUUGUGAUUCAUUAUCAGUUAUUAUGUCUGUAUGACAUGUACUGUAUAUACUGUAGUACUAUCUCUUUAGAAGCACUGUUGCCUUUAGAGAUGUUAGUACUGCAAGACAUUAGACAUUAGUACUGUAAGUACACCCAUUGGCUCGUCUCGCUCGCUGCUGUAUUGCCAUCUAGUGUCUUGCCCCAGGGGGCCCUUCAUAGUGUCGAGUUUCAGGAGAAGAUGCUGGAGUUUGUCCUUUUUCAGAGAGAGAUCUAUCAGAGAAAAGAAAAUAAUACAUUAACUUUAGCUAAACGCAAACCAAACAUUAACGAGGCCUACAUUUUGAAGAAUAAUUUUGCAUCCUAGACAGUGAAAGGCCUAUUUCUUAGGGUCAUGCUCUGAUCACUACCACAUGCUGUGAAAAACAUGAUUCAGGUACAUUAGUAUCAACAAAUCCACCCAGUAUAUUUCCCCUUUGCCCUGUCAAAGACCUCUGACAUUUCCCUCUGACCACUGACUUUUGACAUGGCGUUCCUUCUGGGCCCUGAGAUGGGAACCGGCCUGCUGUUUGAGAUGGAGUAGGUACUCAUGGCUGCUGGGGGGAGUGUUGGAACUGGAGGGUCCUACAUCAUUGUCAUCAUCAUUCCCUUUGGUGCUACAGCCCUCUAUGAAAACACAAAUCCUUCUACUCAAGUGAUGUUUUGUCUUGCCUCAAGAACAUCAUAGUUAGCGGGUUUUUGACUGAACAGGGCCCUCAGUCAAGAGAUACUCCUUACAUUCCAAACACUAGAUUGCGUUGAAGAGUGUCUCACC